AUGAGCGAAUUCGGGGAUGAGCAGGGGACCAGCUCGUCUUCGGACGAAGAGGAUGUUCUGUUUGCUGCGGGUGCUGCGCUGCUAUUUGGACCAAAUGCAGAACCAUACGGAGGUCCAAUCCAGAAGGUGCCAUGCAGGACGUCUGCGCUGUCAGGACGACACUGGGUUGAGGAAGUACUGUCAGGCCACCAUACCCGGAUCAUAGAUGCAACAAGGCUAAACGUUGAUUCUUUCAUGAGGUUGUGCCAACUUUUGGCCGAAUGCGGAUUUGUUCCCCAAAAUUAUCAGAAAAGGGUUACAAUAGAGGAGGCACUUGCGAUGACAUUGGUCAUGAUGAGCCACAACAUGAGAAUGCGUAUGAUUGCUGAUCGAUUUAACCAUUCGACGGAGACAGUGCAUCGAAAUAUUCACGAAGUCAUUCGGGGCCUAUGCACCUUCGCGCAAUUCGCAAUUACUCCAAGAUGGCAGGAUGAAAUUCAUCCGAAAAUUCUUAAUGACACGAGGUUUUAUCCUUGGUUUGAAGACUGCGUUGGAGCUAUUGAUGAGACACAUAUACCUGCUUAUGCCCCAAGAGAACAGCAAGUGGCAUACACUAAUCGACACGGUGUACAAUCGCAAAAUAUUUUGGUUGUGUGCGACCAUGAUAUGCGAUUUGUGUACGUGUAUGCCGGUUGGGAAAGAAGUGCACAUGAUGCCCGAGUCUUAGAUGGGGCUUUGACCGGCCCAAAUCACUUCCCCAUGCCUCCUACAGAGCGUAGUUUCGGUGUCCUAAAAAGGAGAUUUGCCAUUUUAAGGGGAGCCGUUCCGAACUACAUGAUGACAACACAGAUAAAUGUAGUUAUUGCUUGUUGUGCCGUGCAUAACUUCAUUAGGGAUCAACAGCCGAAUGAUAUGUACUUUGCUGACGCGGAGGAGGGAGAUCUAGAUAUUCAUGGUGCAAUUCCUCCUUAUCCCGAGAUACAGCCAUUGCAUUCUCCGCCUGAAGUUGUUGAGCAAUGGAUUGCCAUGAGAGACACACUGGCGACGCAUAUGUUCAAUGCCUAUAGAAAUAGACGACAACGUGCAUGA